AUGCUUGCUGUAGUAUCGUCGAAUAAUAAUCCUAAGGAGACAAAUAAUCCAGUUUGGAAAAAGAAAUUAACUCGAACUCUAAUAAAGUUGUUGACCAAUAAACUAAUGACAAACAAUACCGUGUCAUUAAUGAACGUUUCACCAACGAGGAAUUCAUCUCAUGCAAGUAUUCGUUCAUUAGCUUGUGUAUCAAUAAUAACCUUCAUCGAAGCAUCUAAUUCAUACGCUAAUUAUAAAAUGUAUCGGUCAAUCAGAUAUAUGGACGAAAUUACAAUAUUAGGUACUUCUAAUAAUAGUGCUAUUCAAAUUACCCUUGAUAAUAUAAACAAAGUUGAUAAUUUUGAUAUCAAUGGAAACGAUAUGGAAACUGAUAUGGCCCAACAACAACAAAGUCAAUGA